GUGCGCUCCCGGUGCCUAAUGCGGAUUAAUUUCCUGUUUCCGGUUAGACGCAAUUUGGAGAAAGAAUCGAGUGCUCGAGUCUUCCCUUAUUGUCCAGUCAUGCUGCGUACGACAGUCCUCGGCAUCCUCCUGGCAUGUGGAGUGUCUCUCAGCAUUUCUGCAGUCGUUCUGGAAAAUGGCUUGCCCAUCCUGUGGGCGCAAACGGCCACACAAGUGAACGACCUGCCGAUACAGAACGGGAUCCUGGCUCCCGACCCCUGGAACUUCCUUCACCGCAUGAGUCUCUACCGCCUGAUGAUAACUGCUACAGACCCGUUUAUGGGCUCCAUGGGGACAAGUGCCACAGACAGUCCUUUGUGGGGACUGCCACUGCAGCUUGGAUGGAUGCUAACUUCAGGGCGUCUCGCUGACCCAACUGGUACUACAACCUGCGGCCUGCAAACAGGAGAUGCUAUGUGUAUUUCUACUCAGAGCUGGUGGGGCUGUGUAAACUACUUUGUCUCUGCACUGCCCUUCCUGUCUGCCGCACAGCAGGGUUUCAUGGGAGCGGGCGUUCAGGUCCAGAUGCAGGUGCCCGAAGGUGUAAUGGACUAUUGCACCACAUAUGCUGACUGUGCUGCUAGCUACCCUGAUGCCAUGUCUAAGUGGGAUGCCUUUUUUCAGGGACUCAAGUCUGCAGCUGAGUCUCCCCUCCCUGAUGAUGAGAAGAAAGAUGCUCUCCUCGGUCUCUACUGGGAGGCCCAAAUGGCUUCAACUAAUGCCCCUGCUGCAUGCAACACCAGGCAGAGCCACUACCCCUCGACAGAGGUGUCAUUUGCAAACAACUGGCUGAACUCAGCAGAGUAUGUUGCAGCAGCACAUUUCCACUCCAAUCUGGAAAAAUCUGUCAUGUUCAUGACUCCUCUGCCCGGCCGAGUUUUAAAGGCAGACGACAGCGUGCCUAACAUCCCUGAUCUGAGUCAGGAGGAGAACCACACACUGUAUAUCUUCUCUUGGAUGAAUAACAUUAACUCAAUGCUGGGUGGGACGCUGGUGCGUCUGUGGAAAAAAGCCAUGUGUUCAGUGAGCACGAGAGAGAAAGGCCGAGAGAUGCUGGAGCAGCUUAUGCUGAAUCCCAGCUUCGCCACCAACACGUUCCUGUCCAUCGUGAACGGAAUGACGACGAGCUGCUGAGGAUCACUUUCGUAUUACUCACAGGGAGGAUCCACUGAGAAGA